AUGCCUAACCUUUCGAUUCGUAACCUCACCGUGCACCCGCUGGAGCUCGUCGCCGCGGAGCGCUUCACCGGGGAGCGCAUCAAGACGGUGGGCAUGCUGGCGAGCAUCGGCGGCGCCGUGACCAACUUUCUCAACGCGACGGAGCACCCCUCGUCCGAGCUGCGCGUCAAGGCGGACCUGGCGGGCACCGAGCGCCGAGACGUGUCGUUUCGCGCCGAGGCUUUCCAGACGGUCGAGACGGACGUGGUCGUCGCCGAGGCGGGCAGCGUCGACGUGGUGCGGCUGACGUUUCAGACCGAGGGCCACCGCUACGAGACGGACGUGCCGAGCCCGUCGUCGCGGUCGGCCGUCAUGAGCAAGCUCGACGACGGGCCGCACGACCUGACCGUCGUCUACGUCCCGAAGCACGCGUUUGUGGCCGUGUACUCGUCGGCGCGGCUGGACGCCUGGAUGGGCGAGCUCAGGGACGAGUGGCCGCUGCCGUCGCUGUCGGUCCCCGGCACGCACAACUCGCCGACAUGCUACACGGCGCUGCCGUCGGUGCGGUGCCAGGCGGUCGGCGUGCCGGAGCAGCUGCAAAACGGGGUGCGCUUCCUCGACAUCCGCGUCUCGGCCACCAAGGACGACGACCGGCUCGCGCUCGUCCACAGCGUCUUCCCCAUCUCGCUGACGGGCACCAAGUGGUUCGGCGACGUGCUCGAGGACGUCUACCGCUUCCUCGACGAGCACGGCAGCGAGACCGUCAUGAUCAGCCUCAAGCGCGAGGGCACGGGCAAGGCGUCCGACGGCGACCUCGGCCGCUACCUCAAGGACGGCUACGUCGCCAAGCGCCCGGACAAGUGGUACACGGAGCCGCGCGUGCCGACGCUCGGCGAGGUCCGCGGCAAGAUUGUCCUCAUGCGCCGCUUCGGCCUCGACGACGACCUGCGCGCCGAGUGGGACGGCCAGGGCUGGGGCCUCGACGCCUCGGCGUGGCCCGACAACUGCGAGGACGGCGAGGCCGGCAGCUGCGCCAUCCGCGUCCAGGACUUUUACGAGGUCUCGGAGAGCGACAACAUUGACAAAAAGGUCGGCUACAGCCACGGCCACCUCGAGCGCGCCGGCGAGCACCGCUUCCUCCUCCCCGGCAUGGACGGCUACGACGAGGGCAGCCCCCGGCCUCCGUUUUACGUCAACUUCUUGAGCGCCAGCAACUUCUUCAACGCCACGUGCUGGCCGGAGCGCAUCGCCGCAAAGGUCAACCCCCGCGUCGUCGAGUACCUCUGCACCAGCCAUGGCGUCGAGGGCAAGGGGCCCAAUAAGCUGAGCAUCGGUUCCGCCGGCGCCGGCAUCGUCGUGACCGACUGGGUCGGCGCCAACGGCGACUGGGACCUGAUUCGCUGUAUUGUCGCUUGUGUUCGCCUCGAAAGAUGUAAGAACGUUGAGGGUGAAAUUUCUGGCAACAAGUCAGUACGCGAUGCCACAAAGUUGGGGGUGGCGAGUAAUUACCAGUCAGGAGGUGUGUAUUAUUUUCAAGUCGCACAGCUCCGAAAGGAGCGUGAGAUCAACCAGUGUGAAUACAAAAAAGAAACAUCUCAUCACAGAAACGGUGUAGUCGAAAAGCGGAAAGAAUUCUUAUUUACCUAUUGUAGCAAGACAAUUAGUUAUCAAUUACGCGCCAGGCAUCAAGAUCCCGCCAAGGGAAUACAUCUGAGAGUUGUGCUCAAAUCAGGUGACGAAUUCUCAUCCAGAGAUCCUACCAGCCCUACACCACAAGGUUUGUACGCCUUGCUUUUCUAG